AUGUUUCGGGCGAGGGCAAGGUGUAUUUUACGAAAGCCGCGACAUGGAUAUGGACAACAUCAACGUCGUGCAUUCUUUGAGGUGCCCAUGUUUCUUAUCCCACCUAUAAUCGAUGAUUUUGCAUCAUAUGAAAGUAUUGAAAGUUCAGUACUUUUUGAAAAUAAAAUCCCUGUUGAAGGAUUGUUUACACUUUUCCGUAUGAGUGCCGCAGCGAGCCUUGCUAUCUCUUAUUGUCGUCAUUGGUGCUCAAACAAUGUUCAUACUGAGUCGAGGUAG